UUGACCCCAGAGGAGGAAAGGAGUAUGACGGUUGGGAGGACAUAACGAGGAUCACACACAAUUACACCGAUUUCUGGCUGUAUGGAAUAACCAGCGAACCAGCUGAACUCUGUGACAGUGAGCCUUUCAUGAUCCACAGCGGAUAAAUGUCAGUGGAAAGCAUCCCAGCAACUCCACCGCGUGUCGGGGUCUGAUGCAAUCUGAGAAGUGUCGACUCAGCAACCACAGCGCGGAGAGUGAAAUUUGGCUGAGCUUCCGGUGCCGCUCCAGCCGUUACCGCCACCGUCAGGGAUUCAGAACCCCUACGACUGCCAACAUGUCGAAAGUGAACAGGGGUUCUCAUGGAUGCCGGGCCAUGGUAAUAGCAAGAAAGUACCUAUCGGGUCCGUCCUCCCCGGUCCUGACGCGGAGCUCCAGCCAGCGUCAGCGGAAAAUGCUGAGCCGGCAGCACCGCAUGGCGAGCUGCAACGCGGCCGGUACCGAAGGAAACCCCGCGGCGCUGGCCCAGCAGGAGCACCUGGGGUAUUUCUCCACCGGUGGACGACGCGCGAAGACCAACCUGAAUCUGAUUUACCGGGACGUGAAAGCUUUCCUCGGUGAAGUUGGUGGAGAUCCCCGGGAGGCUCGGUACUGGUUGACCCAGUUCCAGAAAGCGACUUCGGGUCAUUCUCCCGCCUUUGCUGUUCUGGAGGUGGACAGGUCAGCGUUUGACAGCAGGGAAAUGGUUCAGAGCCUGGCUUUUGGCCUGUCCUUCCUGCAGCGGAUGGAUAUGAAGCCUGUGGUGGUUAUGGGCUGGUCAGAUCACCUGGAGACAGGGCUCGCCAAAGCAGAGUUUGGGUCUGAGUGCAUGAAAGGACUAGUGAAUCGGUGCCAGCAGCUGACUGAGGCGCUGCAGCAGCACACUGCCAGCGUCCUGCCGUUCUUCUCUGCAGAGUCACUCCUACUUCUGCAUGAAGCACCGCAGGGAAGCAGUGCGCCUCCAUCCAUUACUAUGGAUACCAACCUCCUCCAGUGGAGUCUGAACUGUGGGGCAAUCCCACUGGUUUGUCCGGUAGGCAGGGACGCGCAAGGUUGCUCGGUAAUGUUGGACCCGACAGAGGUGACGGCGGCAAUAUCCCGAACCCUGCAUCCACACAAAGUCAUGUUCCUGAACAACUUUGGGGGCCUGCAAAGCCAAGAACAAAAGGUGCUAGGUACAGUGUCGCUGCCUGCUGACCUACCUGGCCUGUCCACUGCGACUUGGUUAAGCGCACCAGAACGCCAAAGAGUGACCGCCAUAGCCAGACUUCUCAAUCAGUUGCCAGCUGAGUCCUCUGCUGUGAUCACAUCGGCAGACACGUUGCUGACCGAACUGUUCAGCCACAGAGGGUCUGGAACACUUUUUAAAAAUGGAGACCCCAUACACCGGUAUAACUCUCUAGAUGGAAUUGAUGUGGAUUGUUUGCUGGCGCUCAUCAACAAGUCGUUUGAGAAAACUCUGAAGAAAUGCUACAUUGACUCUCUGAAAGGCCGACUCCACUCCAUCUACCUUUCUGAAGGGUACAGCGCAGCAGCUAUCGUCACCAUGGAGCCGGUGAACGGCGGCACUCCCUACCUCGACAAGUUUGUGGUGAGCAGCAGUAAGCAGGGCCAGGGCACCAGCCACAUCCUGUGGGAGUGUAUCAGACAGGACCUGGGUAAACUCUUCUGGAGGUCUAGAGCCACCAACAGAAUCAACCCCUGGUAA